AAAAAUUUGAUCUUUUGUAAUAGAGUAUAAACUCAUUAGAUGUCGAGAAAACCUUCUAAUGGACUUAGAGGCUUCUCCUUAACCGAGGUUUCAGUCAGAGACACAAAGCUAUGGCUGUCACCAGUUUGGCUCCUCCAUGGGUUGUCCUGAGACAAGCUUUCCGAACAGUCGCAGCUUCUACUUAUCUUCACACAACUCACAAAACCCUAAUCACAAAUCGCACUAUUCCUCUUUCGUCUCCUCUCCGGCAUUCAGCUUUGAGAAGAUGUCACGUUGUAGAAGCCAUAAAAGGAGAUGUAGAUUUUCUCCUCAAAGGAGUUGGAGACCAAGCUGUUGCUAAAGAAGUUAAGCAAAUCCUUGAGAUGGCGAGACGUGCAGCAUCAAGAAGAGAAGUUCUUCACACUGAUUUUCUCACACCACCGAUUGUUAAGGAAUCAGUUUCAGUAUUGGCAAAAGUUGCUGAUGUUACAAUAGUUGCCCAGGGAGGUUACCCUGAGGCUGAAAGGUGUAGGAUCUCGGUUGGACAUCCUGAUGUCUUAACCAAUGAUCCAGAUAUAGUUGCAGCUUUGAGUAUCACAGGGAACUUCGGCUUUCAACCUUGUUCACAUGGUGACUUCCUUGGUGCGAUUCUUGGCACUGGAGUUUCCAGGGAUAAACUUGGGGAUAUCUUAGUUCAGGAAGAAAAAGGAGCUCAGGUCUUGAUAGUUCCUGAACUAGUCGACUUUAUUGUUUCAGCUCUCGACAAGGUUGGGAAUGUCUCUGUAACGUGUACUAAGAUACCUUUGCUUGCUCUUGAAUACGAACCUCCUAGGACUAAUUCCUUCAAAACCGUGGAAGCCUCGUUGAGGAUUGAUGCAGUAGCUAGUGCUGGUUUCAAGAUUUCCCGGUCAAAACUAGUUGAUUUGAUUAGUAGUGGGGAUGUUCGGGUUAACUGGGCAACCGUUACCAAGAACGGAACCACGGUAAAGACCGGUGAUGUUGUCUCUGUUAGUGGGAAAGGGAGACUCAAGAUUGGAGAGAUCAAUGAAACGAAGAAAGGAAAAUUUUCUGUUCAAAUCAUCAGAUUCUUAUAGAAAGAAGCUCUCAGGGAUCUUCCAUUUUUCAUUUCUCUUUUUCUUCUUAGGGCCCUUCUUCUUCUUAUACAUACUUUUUUUGUUUAUUUGUUCUUGUUUAAUUUCUUCGUUUGCUGUCAUUCUGUAGAAUCAUGGCAAGAUGCAAUAAACUAAUCUUGAUUUUUUCCUGUUUUAAAAAAUUAUAAUGAAAUUUUGUUUGUUUUGU